AGCAUGAACUAGCCAAUCAACCUGCUUCGACCCCGCCCCUUUCGGUUCGGCUCGUCCCUUUCUCAUUGCCAGGAUCGAGGUUUCCGGUCCAGUAUGCCACGUCCGAAGAAGCCAGGGGCGCCGGAGCCGAAACGUCGAAGCCGAAAUGGUUGUUGGCCGUGCAAAGCUCGGAAAGUGAAAUGUGGUGAAGAGCACCCGACGUGUAUCAAUUGCCAACGAACUGGGGAGCCUUGCGAUUAUAGUGUACGACUAAAUUGGGAGGGCCGUCGAACGAAGAGAUCUCUUUCUUUGGGAACACUACUAGGGACCGCCCAGCCAUUCAAAGAUUCCUCCCACACAGAACAGCCAUCGUUCAAUCAUACGUUUACCAUUAACAACCCGACCCAGGGUUUAGAUCCGAAGCCUAUAGCGAAACGCGUCCAGACUGCUCCGGUCAGCGUUGAGACAGGGAAGAGAAAGCUUGAACAGCUAGAGUCUUAUAAUGACUGCUUGAGUCGAUCUCAGGGUGCCUCUUCCCGAUCGAUCCAGCAACAGCAUGGCGGUCAUUUUGCUCCGCCACUUAGCACCCCAAACCACAAUGCUCGAAGCCAUUCCUCGACGUCAAGCCUACGUCGAAUCGUUCCCGCAACUCCAAACACUUCACAGAGAUUAUACAAGAGGUCCAAGUCCCUUGCUGAAUCAGUCCUCCCGCGUCUCUUCUCCGCUCGGGCACCGUUUCAACACCGAUCGGUUCUCCCUUGACGCCCGUCUCGUUAGGAAUCAAAUCUGACGAUGAGAUGAGGUCGCCCAGGUUAAGCCUGCCUUCGCCAGCGUCCCCAGAAAAUAGUCGACUAUCUGUAGACUAUCUGCUCUCGAGCUCUCCCCGCCAUGUGUAUGGUGUGAACAAGGGACUGGUUCCGUCUUUUGGUCCACUUUUAUUCAACUCUGGAUUCAAGCAGGGGGUAUCUGAGGAGGCUACAUUUUACGGCUUUGAUCUUGGCAUACCAGAUGCUGACUAUGCCCAGAAUCAUGAUAUAGGGGCCAUAUCUCAGACCGUGGCUUCUAUUAAACAUUCUGGG